AUGAGGAAUAUCUUAUUUAUCCUCUUCUUUUUUUUGUGUGUUGUCUAUGCACAAAUUCCAUAUGAUGUUCAAAGGAUAUAUAAGCCAACAAAUCCUCAAUCUGUACAUGCCCUUCCGGGAGACAAAGUUGCUUCAGAUUACAAAUAUAAGGAUACUAAAAUGGAAGUGGAAAAAGAGAAUAGCAAGAAUACUUUAAAGUGGUUAGCACAGAAGUAUUACAAGGAUGUGGAUGAAACGAAUAAAAAUAUUUUAGAAGAAUUAGAUCAACUUAGUGAUAUAAUUGGGGAGAGAACAUUAUACUUCACUAUAUUUUAA